CUGUUGGAUUUUUUAAGCCUUUGAAUCCCCUUGGUGAAAUUUGUUUUUAACGUCCCGUGACUGAGUCAUUGAGAAAGUGAAAGUGGUGACGUCGGUUGCCAUGGUGACAUCGUUGCCAAACCGAGCAGACGCUCGCUGUCGCCCUCGUCUUCACUGCUGAGGUUCACCAGACAAAAUGACUUGUCUGUCGCACUGAGGUUUAUCUUGAGACGUCAGACCAGGAUUAAGUUGACCUCAAGCCUGCGGUGUUGUAACUAUGGUGUUGAACAACAAAUCUGGUUCAGCCUCCCACCUUGCUUGGAGAAAAUGGCCAAGUUUGUUCUUGCAGGAAAGGCAAACUGCCCCUGGUACGCUAAAGCGGAACUUCUGGCUGACAGUCUGGUGAGGUCUCUACCCAGCUUCAGGAUCCAUAAGAUCUCCAUUCUGCCAGACGAAUGGGAGAAAUGGCUGGAGGACGUAUGUGACAAAAAUGAAUGGAGCCACCAAGAGUCGCCCAUAAUUUGGCGGGAACUGGUCAACCAAGGUGGGAAAGGAAUGCUGGUCGGCGGCUUACAAGACUUCUUGUCGCACUGUGAGAUCUACUAUAAUGUCAAGUCCGACAUGUCGCCGGAGUUAAUGACAAGUAUUGCUGCGGAGAAUCUGCAGACAAAAAUAAAUGUACUGGCCGAGGAGGCACUGCGCCUGAGCCUUAUUAAACCUCUGCACAUCUGGAUCAGCAGCGCUCUCAAUCCGACCUCUGACAUUCUGAUCCCUCGCUUGCUCUCGCCUGAGGUCUUCCCUCAGGCGUCUGUGAUCAACAUCCAUCUGCUGGAUCUGAGGGGAACACUGGAGGAACUGAACUCACUGAAGAUGGAGACAGAAGACCUGGCACUGCCUCUGCUCUAUCAGACGACGGUCCACACCGACCUGGAAAAGGCCUUCCAGGACGCUGAUGUUAUCCUGCUGCUGGAUGAAUGGUGGUCUGAAGACGUCAGUGGAACAAAAGAGGGCGAGAGGAGGAAAGAAAUCUCAGACCAAUACACCGUCUAUGGCCAGCUGAUCAACACCAGGGCCAGAAGAGACGUGAAGGUGGUCGUGUCCAGUGGUGACUUUGCCCAUCUCAGGUGCUGCGUGCUCAUGAGCAACGCCAGCUCCAUCGACAGCAGGCAGUUUGUUGUAAUGGCAACGCAGCUGCAGAACGAGGCCAGAGCUGUAAUCGCCAAAAAGCUGAAUGUGAACGAUUCAGAUGUUCAUGACGUCAUAGUGUGGGGCAACGUCAGUCGGGAGUUCUACGUGGAUCUCCAGAUGGCCAGGGUUUACAAUUACGACGGUGCUAUAAGAGGACCACGUUUCUACUUUCAAGAGGUGGACCUGGUUCUUCACGACAGGAAGUGGCUGGAGGCAGCUCUUCAUGAAAUAGUCCGCAAUCGUCGGACAGAUGUGUCUUCAAAGACGGGUCGAACCGCUGCCAUGUCAGCUGCCAACGGGAUGCUGAUGCUUCUAAAGGCUUGGAACAGUCCCUCCCCUUCUGAGGGGCUCCUUUCUGUGGGCGUUAUUUGCUCAGAGCAAUACAGCCUGCCUGAGGGAAUCGUCCUGUCAGUGCCAGUAACCUUCGCUGACGGCAUGUGGUCCAUUUUCACCGAUGUCACUAUGGGAGAUGAAUUACAGGACAGACUGGAGAUGUCAGCAAAGCAGGUAGAACAGGAGAGAGAUAUUGGCAAACCGCUGAUGCUAUAAAGACAUCUGACAAGCUCGCCAAAACCAAAAAGGAAAACACAACGCCUUUAAUGGUUUCAGUUUGUUCUUUUAUUCUUUCACAUGUGCCGUUUGUUUGAUGUUUGACCAGUUAAAUGACAAUAAAUCCAUGUCUU